AUGGGUGACGAAUACGAGCAACUUGGACCACCUGUUAAUGUGCCACCUCCAGAAUUAGGACCACCAGGUGCAGCUCCACCACUUCCACUAGCCGGUCAUCCGCCACCACCACCUCCACCACCACUGCCACCUCCACAAAAGCUUGAAGCUCAACCACCUUCUAAAACGCUACCACCGGGUGCCAUCCAGAGCUCAUCCAGUAACCAAGGUCAAAGGAUAUCUGAAGAAAAACCAAGUAAAAUGAGGUAA